CUCAGCUUACCAGCGGUCGCGCAGCGUCAGCGGAACCACAACGAUGACCCUGAUCUACAGCAAGUGAACACACGCAAACAUUAAAAAAGCAGCGGGGAGAACGGUGGGGGGAAAGUGGUUGCAUGGCACCGCAGUCGUGCGUAAUGAAUCCUGCGCGAGGAUCACCCGCCUUGGACACAUCGCGUCAGGAUAAAGCCGCUGAAGAAACUGGAGCCGAGGAGCUGGACAUGGCACCCAGAUGGAGCUGUAAAACCAAAGGUUUCGAGCUGCCUUUCAGUGUGGAAUCCCUCAUAUCGGACAGGACCUCUCCGUGCAGCAGCUCCAGCUCCUCUGACCUUAAGUCAGGCUGCGUCCGCACCGAGGAGACCGAGUGUGCGUCACCGAGAGGGAUCUGUGGGUCCAAACUGGAGGCGGUGGACCUUAGCGACAAGGAGAGGACCUGGCUCCAGGAUCCAUACCAUGCACACACAAGAAUCCCCAGCCCAACUACGUGCAACCUGCGGAAACACAAGAACAACAGAAAACCCAGGACCCCCUUCACCACAUCCCAGCUGCUCUCUCUGGAGAGGAAGUUCCGUCAGAAACAGUACCUGUCCAUCGCGGAGAGAGCAGAGUUCUCCAACUCCCUGAACCUCACAGAGACCCAGGUCAAAAUCUGGUUUCAGAACCGCCGAGCCAAAGCCAAGAGACUGCAGGAGGCCGAGCUGGAGAAGAUAAAGCUGGCCGCAAAGCCGCUGCUGCCGGCGUUCGCCUUCCCCUUCCCGCUGAGCGCAGCGCCUCUGUACGGAGCUCGGCCUGCUUUCCCCUUACCCGGACUACUCAGCAGGCCUUACGGGAUGUAUUACUUGUCUUAACUAAUAUCCAGGACGCUGCGUUGGAAAAGCGUCAAUCAAAUGUUUUUAGAAAGAAAAUAACAAAUGUCACAAAACAUAUCCCUCUGUUUUUUUCUCUUUCUUUUUUUUAUUUUUACAGUUCUUGUAAGUUCAAUGACAUUUAUAUCGUUAUAAUUGGUGUGAGAAAUAUUUUUACAUAUAUAUAUAUAUAUAUAUAUAUAUAUAUAUAUAUAUAUAUAUUUUACAAGCGUGGUCUACCUUAUUUCUUUGGAGACAAAUUUGAUGGAGUAAUAGAUUUUAAAGAGGCAGACCAGAUGACGUUUAUAAAGAGAUGAAUUAUUUUUAGGCCAGCAAACUUGUUUUCCUUAGUGGACUUUUGCGCACAUUUUACGCAAAAGAUGAAAAUUAAAUCGCACUCCGCUGUGUUGUAAGCGGUUUAACUUACUAAAGCUUAAUUCCAUUAGAUGCAAUUACUUAUUUUUUUUAUUUUGAAAGGCCAACUUGUUCUGGAUUGAGAAUAUAUAUAUAUAUAAAGGUAUCCAAACUUGCGUGUUUGAUGUUGCAAAGCCUUAGAAAAUGUUUUUCUAAGGCUGUGACAAAGUACCACGUUUCCUACUUUUUUAAGAACUUUGCUGUCAUAUUUACCCUCGUUAUGAUUAACAAAUUACAUGAAAGUAACCCUAAAACAGAGUGACUAAAACUGACUCCUCAGUGUAGUUGUGCUUUAUGGCUCAUAAAUGAUUUAAAGACACCACGACUAAUAUAUUUUAAUUUCAAGAAUAAGACGAAAAGAAAAUUUACAAGUAAGGUCUAAAUCAUGAUUUCCUGUACUGUUCAAAAAUAUUACUGGACUACAGAUUGGAAAAAUGUCAGUCUUAAGUAUUUCUUUUUAAACCUGUAUAAGAAGUGAAGGCCAGAACAUCUCUUCCUCCUUUUUCUUAAUACAAAGACCCAAAAAUUUAUGAAAACAAAUCUGACACCAAACCUGUUGCAGCCAUCAACCAGUUUUUAAAAAUAGAUUGAACCAUUUUAAAUUGAUAUGGACUUUUUUGUGUUUUGAAAGAUGAUCUACAUUUUAAAAACACUGCUGUUAGGCCCAAAAUUAUUCACACCCUUUGCCAGAUUAUUUAAAAUUAUUCUCAUUCAUCGAAAAUGUUUGCUCCUGAUUGGAAAUGAGACAGGUAUCUCUUAAAAGAUGAUAAAACACAAUAAAAGGAGUAACAAUUUAACAGAUAACCAUUAUAAAAAAUGUCUAAUUGAAAAUUAUUUAUAGUCGCUUCAAUAAUCUGUAUGGCAUCAUAGUGUCAAUGAUGUCCUUCCUAUAGCUGUUGACCAGUUUCUUGGUUGUUUCUAUUGAUCUUAUGAGGAUUCAUCUUUGGUAAAUCCAAGUCUUCUGAGUUUCUCUGUCAGAUUCAAACUUCUGGCUCUAAAACAUGAAUGUUUUGGAGCUUGGCUGUUCCAAAAUAUAAAUAUUAUAAAUAUUAUUUCCAGGCAGAAGAAAUGUGUGCACCAGCGUUAUAUAUAUAUAUAUAUAUAUAAUUGAGGAACUAAUUAACUUAAUAAGACACACAAGCAUCAAAGCUGAACAGCUGGUAUUAGUACAUACUAUCACAGAUGAGUAACUUUUGACAGAUUUUACUGAAUAAUUAAAGUUGCACUUGAGUUGAAAGGGGUUCGACAUUAAUCUUUUGGGCCCGAGGAAGCACUGCAAGGGGUCUGAACUCAACCUAUUAGCUUAAAUAAAUAACUUUUCUCUUUCUCAAUACCAAACGGAAGGGCUGCUUUCUUACUUUUCACUAUCUGGGAACAACUUUUGUUUGUUUGUUUUUAAACACACCUUAAACAAUCUGCUGCUGCUAAACAGACUACAAGUAAAACCAUGCAAAAUAAAUACAAACACAGACAUUUACUCACUUAGAAACUUUCGGAUCAGGCGUGUUAAUCUUAUGUGAUGUGUGACAGCUUGUAUUUUGGAUUUAGAUUUUAUCCUGACUUAAUAACAAUUUAGGACAAAAUAGCAAAACAAGCUGGAAAAACUGACCGGGAUAUUGAUAUCUAAAGGGAGUUUGAUCAAUUUUC